ACGCUCUCCAGCGGGCUAUGAGUUCUAACAAAGACAGUAGCCACACCAUUAUGUAUUCUGAGGAGUCUAACACAACCGUGACCUAUACCCAAAAAGUCACUAAUCCACUGACCCCAGUUUCCGAUGCAGACUCCCAGCAGCCCAUAGCUGACAGCAGCAGCAGCACCCUAUUCCAACAGGACUACACGCAGGAUUCUCAGCUGCGCAGGAUUUCUACCCUGAAAUUAACCCAUAACCAAGAUCAACCCGAUAACAUUCCUUUUAAUUCACCCUGGUGGCCCCAGCCCAUUGAAGUCCCCGGAUUUUCCCAAAGACCUUUCUCACCCACCCAUAACCCCGCGCCUGAGGUCCACACAGCGUCUCUGUCCAUUCAGAUAGCUUCCCUCCCUGAAAAUAAAGCCGGACAGCAGUCGGAAAGCCACAAACGAGCCGCUGGGCUUUCUCCAGAUACUGCCAAGGCGCCUCUUCGGGAACUCGGACCAAAUUCUUCAUUCGCUGCUUCUGAACAGCCCCCCGAGAGCCAUGUGCUUGGAAAACAGAAACUAGCUGCCAGUGUGAUGGAGGUAAAAGCUCCCGAGCCCCUCAGCCAAACGGCGGCGGCGGCAGGCUCUCCACUGCGUGCUUUCUCCGCGGUACCAGUUAAUCAAACCUCUUUUCCGCCCGACAGCGGCCCCCGCCUGGCAUCCCUGCAGCCCCUUGACGAUGCGGUGUCUUCACGCUUUCCUAAACCUCUGGCCCCCUCACGGUGCUCCUCUAAAUCCCCUUUCCUAGCUCCCGACGGCCACGAGUCUGCCUCUUUUAUCCCGGACUCGUCCCAGAGUGAGCCUUCCUCCCGCUCCCUGAGCGAGGUCUCAUCUGCCAUUUUGGACGAGCUACAGAGUUCUUCUCACUCUGCUCCCACUGACUGUCCUGAAACACCUUCCCCAACCUUGAAUGAGAUGUCUGCUGUGACAGAUGGCACCACCUUAAACGCUACAGCUGCCACUCACGCUCAGAUAACAGUGAACGGGCGCUCAGGCGGGGCUACCAGUCCAAUGAGUUACUUUCAGAGGCCAUUUUCACCGUCAGCUUACUCUCUACCAGCGUCACUCAAUUCAAGCAUGAUCAUGCAGCAUGGAAGGUCAAUGGAAUCCACUGAGACAUAUUCCCAGCAUGCCCAUUCUCUGGAUGGUAGCUCUGCCAGUAGUACAAUACCAAUCUAUAGAUCUUCCGAGGAAGAGAAGAAAGUGACUGUGAUUAAAGCCCCCCAUUAUGCAGGCAUCGGACCAGUAGAUGAGUCUGGAAUUCCUACAGCAAUUAGAACGACAGUUGACAGACCAAAGGACUGGUACAAGACUAUGUUUAAGCAAAUCCAUAUGGUUCACAAACCUGAUGAUGGUGUGGACAUGUAUCACACUCCAUAUACAUAUAAUGCAGGCCUUCCUAGUGCUCCCUACACGACUCAGUCCCACCCUGCUGCAAAGAUGCAGACAUACAGACCUCUUUCCAAAAGUCUCUCUGACAAUGGCACCGAAGCCUUUAAGGAUGCCUCCUCCCCUCUGCCUCCUCCUCACAUACCACCUCCAGUUCCACCACUUAGGCCCAGAGACAGGUCUUCCACUGAAAAGCAUGACUGGGAUCCACCCGACAGAAAAGUAGACACACGAAAAUUUCGUUCUGAACCAAGGAGUAUCUUUGAAUAUGAACCUGGGAAGUCAUCAAUUCUUCAACAUGAGAGGCCGGCUUCUUUGUAUCAGACCUCCUUAGACCGCAGUCUGGAAAGGCCUGCUAGCUCUGCAAGUAUAACUGGUGACUACAGAAAAAGGAGGAAGAGUGAGCCUGCUGUGGGUCACCAGCGAAGUGUAGGUGAUCAAAAUAUAAACCAAGCCAGCCCAACUCGAGCAGAUCUCCCUGGUCCAAGCUCAACCCUUACAAAAAUUUUCACUGGCUCUUCUCCUUCUUCCCCAUCAAGAGCAAAAGGUGGGGAUAUUAGCAAAGCAUGUCCAUCCCUUUACAAUUAUUCAGGGCACAACCACCACACCUCAAGUGAGUUAGAUUACUGCAGCACUUACAGGCGGCAUUUGGAUGUGCCAAAUGAUUCAAAGCGUGCCAUCACCUUCAAGAAUGGUUGGCAGAUGACACGGCAGAAUGCCGAGGUCUGGAGCAGCACGGAAGAAACGGUUUCCCCCAAAAUGAAAUCUCGCAGCUGUGAUGAUCUCCUGAAUGAGGACCACGAUAGUUUCCCUGACCCGCAGACCAAGUCCGAAAGUCUGGGCUCUCUGUUAUGUGAGGAGGACUCCAAAGACAGCUGCCCACUGACGUGGGUCUCCCCCUAUAUCCCUGAGAACCGCAUGAAUGGCAGGUCAAGGAUCCGGCAUAAGUCAGCACACGAUGCCCCUGGGUUCUUGAAAAUGUACAAGAAAAUGCAUCGCAUUAACCGCAAAGAGUUGAUGAAGUCCGAGGUGAUUUGUUCUGUCAAGUCCAGGAUUUUACAAUAUGAAAAGGAACAACACAAGGGCAUGCUGCGUGGGUGGAGCCAGUCUUCAACUGAGGAAGUGCCCCGGGACAUGGUGCCCACCCGCAUUUCUGAAUUUGAGAAGCUAAUUCAAAAGUCAAAGUCCAUGCCCAAUCUGGGUGAUGAAAUGUUGUCCGCUGUCACCUUAGAGCUGCCUCAGAAUGGAUUGUGUCCAAAACGACGGUUUUCCAUUGAGUCUUUAUUGGAGGAAGAAAACCAAGGGAGACACAUGAGUCAGGUUCCACGAAGCUAUAAGCCCAAAACCCUAGUGCCGAUUCACAUUGAAGUGACCAGUGAUGAACAGCCACGAUCUCACAUGGAGUUCUCAGACAGUGACCAAGACGGGAUGAUCUCCGACGUCAGUGACUUUGUUCACGUGGAAGGUUCGUCCUUUUGCAGCGAGAGCGAUUUUGAUCAUUUCUCCUUUACGUCCUCCGAGAGCUUCUAUGGCUCCAACCAUCACCAUCAUCACCACCACCACCAUCACCACCACCACCGACACCUCAUCAGCUCCUGCAAGGGGAGAUGCCCUGCCUCUUAUACACGAUUUACCACCAUGCUAAAACACGAAAGAGCUAAGCAAGAGAAUGUGGAAGAUUCUAGACGACAGGAAAUAGACUCUGGCCUCUCGAAGUUAGCCUUUCUCGUAAGCCCGGUGCCUUUCCGGAGGAAAAAAAGUGCUGCUCCCAAAAAACAGACUGAAAAAACAAAAUCCAAAUCAUCGGUAUUCGAUGCUCUGGACUCUGCCCUUAAGGACAUAUGUGAUCAAAUUAAAGCUGAAAAAAGAAGAGGAAGUUUGCCUGAUAAUAGCAUUCUACACAGACUUAUCAAUGAGCUGCUUCCAGAUAUUCCUGAAAGGAAUUCCUCACUUAAAGCUCUGAGAAAAAGUCCCCUGCAUCAGCCUUUUCCUCCCCUUCCUCAAGAUGGUGCUGCCCAUUAUCCACCCUACCAGAAUGAUUGUGGACGAUUACCUCCUAGUGCCUCUUUUCAAGACAUGGAUACAACUAACAACAACUACCAGGAAAAUGAUAGUGCCCUGUGUUUCCAAGACCAAGAGUCUCCUAGAAGUUAUUCAUCAGCUUUCACUGACUUGGGUCCAAGUAUUCCCAGGGAAAGAAGAGGAACUCCAGAAAGAGAGAGGCUGCCAGCCAGAGCUGUUUAUGAUUUUAAGGCCCAGACAUCUAAGGAAUUGUCAUUUAAGAAAGGGGACACUGUCUACAUCCUCAGGAAAAUUGAUCAAAAUUGGUAUGAGGGAGAGCAUCACGGACGAGUGGGGAUAUUUCCAAUCUCUUAUGUAGAGAAACUCAGCCCUCCAGAAAAAGCUCAACCUGCAAGACCACCACCUCCAGCUCAGCUUGGAGAAAUUGGAGAAGCUAUAGCCAAGUACAACUUCAAUGCAGACACAAAUGUGGAGUUAUCCUUGAGAAAGGGAGAUAGAGUCAUUCUUCUUAAAAGAGUUGAUCAAAACUGGUACGAAGGUAAAAUACCAGGAACCAACAGACAAGGCAUCUUCCCUGUUUCCUAUGUAGAAGUCGUCAAAAAGAACAUCCCCAAAGGUGCUGAUGAUUAUCCCGACCCUCCAAUACCCCACAGCUAUUCUAGUGACAGGAUACACAGCUUAAGUUCAAAUAAGCCACAGCGCCCCGGGUUUACUCAUGAAAACAUACAAGGUGGGGGGGAACCAUUUCAGGCUCUGUAUAACUAUACUCCUAGAAAUGAAGAUGAGUUGGAGCUCAGAGAGAGCGAUGUCAUUGAUGUGAUGGAGAAGUGUGAUGAUGGAUGGUUUGUGGGAACCUCAAGAAGAACCAAAUUCUUUGGUACUUUCCCCGGAAACUAUGUCAAGAGGCUGUGAAUUCUUUUCUCUACUUAUUUAUGCUGCAAUUCAGCAACACAUCCACAUGCUUGGAAAACAUGCUCCCCAGGCCUUCUGUUUUCAUGCUUCACAAACAGAAGGCUUCUAACAUCAUCAUCACCAUCUCCAUCCUUGCAGCUCAGUGUUUCGGCCACCAUGAAGCCUUUGAGAGAUGAGGCUGGAAGGUUUUUCCAUAAACUGUACUUAUUCCUGUUUCCUGCUGUAAACGUUUACAAUUUGAAACACAAGAACAGAACCUGGAGCUUUAUUACACUUAACAAAACGGAUAAAAUCUGGGAGACCGAGAGAGAAGCAUCUCAGAGAUGGAGAGGCUUUUCUGGUCCUCUAAUCAAAGGCUCUAGGAGAUAAGCUUCUCAGUCCUCCCUUUAGGCAGCUGGAAACUAGUGUUUCCUUAGGACAAGCUGAUGUUUGCAUUUCCACAUCCUUAGUUUGGCAGGAUACAUUAUUUUCACCUUGCUGCAUCACGAGUUUGCCUCUUGUUCUAGUUGACAAUAUAUUUUAACUCUAAUCCAGUGAUUGUUUUGCCUGCACUUACUGGUUAUACCACACACAGCGAUUGUAAAAACUCCAGCAAGAGUAGGAAAGCUUCACUUGGACAAGUAUGAUUUUAUUUUCUAAUCUGAGUUUUCCAAUAGGAGUGUUUUCCUGCAGGGAUUGGGGAUUUGACUUUUUGUUGGUUUGGGUUUUCUUUUUUUAACUUUUUAAAAGUGUAAAUGGUAAGACAAUUUACAACUUUAGUAAUAACUUUGAGAAAAGAUGAGGUAAAAGAUGGACAGGGGGAAAAAGUGUUGUGUUCUAAAGUUGCAUUGCUAUUUUAUAUUAAAAAUGUAAUCAUCAGCAACAUGAACUAUGAGAUGUUAGUGUUUUAUUUAUCAGAUAAAUUUUAAAUAAAAGCAGUGUUAGUGCAAGGAUUUAUUCCUAGACCCUUGAACAAGAUGCUCAAAAAAGUAUCUUCCAGAGCUAUGUGACUGGUUUUAUUUUUAUUAUGUUGCAUAUGUGUGUGCCCAUAUACAUGCAUGAUUGUAUAUGAACAUACAAUACAUAUGCAUAUGUUGCACAUUUAUGGAAAUGUUAGACUCCCAAGGCACGCAUUAUUUUAUAAAAAUUAAUAUAUAUGUAGAGCACUUCGGAAACAUCAGAAGUAUUGGGUUCUGCUUUGCUUUUUUUCCCUUUAACAAAGCAAUUAUUUGAAUGCGCCACUUAUUUCUGCAAAGGUUCAUGUCUGAAUAGUGUCUGUAUCAGAAGACAGGAGUAUGUUGAGCCUGAGUCUCCCAGUGUGUGUAUUUGUGUAAAUUCUUUCCUAAACCUAAAUUGGGCACUUUGGGAGACCCAAGACUUGGAAUUUAUUAGCCUGAGGUCCGGCAAAGAACAACCUUGGAAUCAGACCUAGGUUUGAGUCUUAUUAACUCAAUGAAGGGCUCAUUCUUUAUCAUUUAAGUUCCAGUUCCAAAGUUUGGCGAGCCUAAGACCACACCAAAUGGUAAUCAACCGGUAACCAGAACCCACAGGAAUGAAUCACAGUGAAGGAUGGCUCUGUUGCACUCACUCAGAGACCUGGCUCAAGAAUUCUUAUGACUUUAUACAAGAGCUGUUCCUGUUUGAAUUCUUUGGCACCUUAUAAAUGACAGGCUUUUAAAGGCUUUUCACCUGUGGUCGGUGAUUGAUUUGUUUUGCCCACAAUGAAGGUAGCCUCUAGAAUAAUGUACAUACGUCCACCACUCUUUUGUACAGAACCAUUUAGUUGUUGAGUAACAGAAGGGAAAAAGAGUUCCCUCACCCUGCACUUAACACUAACUGAAAAAAAAAAAAAAAACAACCCAGCAAGAAACAACUUUUGACAAGUUUUCCUGGCUCAUGGAUCAUGAUGCAUACUUUGAGAGUGCAAUUCUUUGGCAUUUAUGCAAAAUUUUAUAAAUUUUUAAAAAAUGGUCUUAGCAGCCAAAUUGAAAUGUAUGUAUAUAUCUUUACUACAAAGAAAUGUCAUUAGUCGGAAGGUAAAGAAACACCUUUGUGCAGCCGACCCUUCUUAAUGCUGCAGUCAUGACAAGAUUUCUAUUGCAAAGGCUUUGGGGCUCACAGCUAGGUCAGCCGCAUGCAGCUUUGCUGAGGGAUGACUCGAACUACCUUUGAUGCCAUUUAUGACAAAAGACUUCCAUAUCUGUUGCCUGUAAUAUUUAAGAAAAAUGCUGUUUCUACUCUGUAUCUGAUUUUAAAAAGAAGGGGGAAAAUAAUUUUUUUCACACCUGGCUUUCAGGUAAUUGAAUUCUUACAAGCAAAGGUCUGUGUUUUUUUUUCUCAAAUAGACUUCUAAUAAAUUUUGCUUGGAGUACA